AUGGCUGAAUUAGCAGCAUUACUACAAACUGAGAUCCCCGAGGGGCGCAGCCAUCUAACAGACAGCCACACUAAUCUAGAACGUGUGGCUGAUUACUGUGAGGCGAAUUAUUUUCAGUCAGAAAAUAAAAGGCUGGCUCUGGAGAGUACCAAAAACUACACAACACAAUCAUUAGCUAGUGUUGCAUAUCAAAUAAAUACACUUGCUUACAACUUCCUGCAAUUGCUUGAAUUACAAACAAUGCAGUUGGCGGAGAUGGAAGGACAAAUGAACCAUAUUGCCCAAACUGUAGCCAUUCACAAGGAGAAAGUGGCUAGACGAGAAAUUGGAGUGUUGACUGCAAAUAAGGUGACUAACAGGCAGUACAAAAUCAUUGCUCCUGCAAACCCUGAGAAACCUAUCAAAUAUGUGAGGAAGAGUAUUGACUACACAGCUCUGGAUGAUAUUGGCCAUGGUGCUCGCUGGAAUGGAGCUGCAAGUGGAACUCCAAGAGGUCGGCGAUCAGGUUCUACUCCUAGUGCGGCAACACUACCUGCACCCACCACAAAGCCGCCCACACCACCAGCUGCUGUGCGAGCUGCUGCAGCUGCUAAUACUGGGACGUUAGGUCGCGGUACAUUGGGUAAAUCUUCACGUGAGUACCGCACACCACCAGCUGUGGCCCCGCCGCAAGUGCCUUCGCACUAUGCGCCAAAUUAUCCGCGUCGCCCGCCUGGCUACUCUACUUUGCCUGUAGCACAACCUCAGGUGGGGAUGGUGCAUCCAAACCAGCAUCAAGCUACUUCCAACUAUUCUCAACAAGAUUUGCAUUCCAGUAUGCCACCACCACCCUCUCCUUUGAUUGGGUCUGAUGGUGAACACAGCCAACAUUCCAUGAGCCUGCCUGGGCAGCGUGCGUCAUCGUCUUCAGCUGGAGGAGGUUCCAUUAGGGGCGGAUCAGUGUCACCUCCACUGCCUCCACCACCGAUGGACGAUGAGUUGGCGCAUGACGGCUUUGGAAGACCUCACCAUAUGAAUAGCAAGAUGGGAGCUCCCUACUCAAAUGCGGUACCCGCUAUAGUACCCGACGAAGAAGACUUACCUGGAUGGGUGCCCAAGAAUUACAUUGAGAAAGUUGUCGCCAUUUAUGAUUACUAUGCUGACAAAGAAGACGAAUUAUCAUUCCAAGAGAGUGCAGUAAUUUAUGUGUUGAAGAAGAAUGAUGAUGGUUGGUGGGAGGGCGUUAUGGACGGUGUCACGGGACUCUUCCCAGGAAACUACGUGGAACCUUGUGUGUAA